UUAAGUUUACGUAACCAAACAAAAAAAAUCAUCAAAUGUUUAUUAAAAAGUUGUCAGUACGGUCCUGUCUGCGAUAAAAAGACAUUCAUCUGAUAUUCGACCAACGAACGGGUCAUAAAAUUUAAAGUUUCUCAUUUAACAAAAUAUAAAUAAUAAUGUCAGCCCUUCGUCAAAUUUCACGACUUUUACGUCCAACAGUUUCUCGUAUUCAACAGAGAAACUAUGCUGAGGCACGUAAUGAAAAUGAAAUGAGUUUUACAUUAGCCGCAGCUAACGAAGUAUUCUAUGAUGCCGAAAGUGUAAAACAAGUUGAUGUACCAUCAUUCUCUGGUGCUUUUGGUAUUUUACCCAAACACGUACCCACAUUAGCCGUACUUGCUCCAGGUGUUGUCACAGUUUAUGAAAAUGAUGGAAAAACCAACAAAGUUUUUGUUAGCAGUGGAACAAUUACAGUAAACGAUGAUUCCUCAGUUCAGGUUUUAGCUGAAGAAGCAUGCCUUUUAAGUCAAAUUGAUGCUCAAGCUGCACGUGAAAAUUUAAGCAAAGCACAAUCUGAAUUAUCUUCAGCAGCUAAUGACCGGGCACGCGCUGAAGCUGCAAUUGCUGUUGAAGUAUGCGAAGCUCUUGUUAAAGCUGCAUCAGAAGCAUAAGUUUUGUAAUCGUUAAUUCAGAGUCGUUAUUUAGAAAAUAAUAAAUUCAUAAUCAAUAAAAAUAAAAUAAAAACAA